AUGUCUCGAGCAAUACUCUGUUUUGCGUGGACUCGGCGACCCCAAGCUGCUUCGCCGGUGCCUACAGUCGGCACGGCAGCACGCUGGCGACUGGGCGAGUUCUGGAGUGUCCGAAGGCUGCUCUGGUUUGUGGGUUCGAUUCCAAGUCAGUCUUCGAUCAUUGCGGGUGUGAACAUGGCAAAUCCGAGGGAUAAAAUUGCCUCACUUUCAACCCCUUUGAACACACUGCUAUAUGGCAGUUUUAUGGAGUCCGGGAGAGAGAAGAUUAAUUUCUCCCAAGCGGUAUAUCAGUUCUGUUGUGAGGAAAUGAAAUCUGCUUGCGAUGCCUAUUUAGCGUCUAUUGUCACCAACAUGGACGAUGCUUUGAUUCUAAUCGAUUAUGGUUUGGAAGAGACUUCAAAUCUUCUUGUGGGUUCUUGCCUGCAACUUGUGUUGAGGGAGCUUCCGAGUUCAUUGCAUAACCCGAAGGUAAGGAAAUAUUUUGUAGCUCGGAGGCUAGGGAGAAAUUGGAGAUGGCGGGGCAUUGUUCUUUCUUGUUGUAUUAUUUCCUCAGCCAGGUGGCCUAUGGAAGAUAGCAUGACAUCGGCCGCAACAAUGCUGUUACUAGAGAGACUCAAAGAAUGUGCUACUGAAAAGUGGCAGAAAGCCCUUGCUAUGCAUCAAUUAGGCUGUGUUUUGUUGGAAAGGAGGGAGUACAAGGAAGCCCACGCCUGUUUCGAGGCAGCAGCUGAUUCAGGUCAUGUUUAUUCAAUGGUAGGUGUUGCGAGAACCCGUUACAAGCAAGGCAAGAUGUUUUCAGCGGCGUGGUUCUUUAUUGCACUGGAAGAUUAUGAAUCUGCUUUGAGAGAUAUUCGCGCUUUGCUGACCUUGGAGCCGAAUUAUAUGAUGUUCACGGAGGAUAAGAGGUUAAACUGUCAAAAAGCUGCAAUGAGGAGUUUGAGGUUAGCCCAAAACAACGCUAUAUCAAAGUAUGAAAGGCUUAUAUAUGAAGGAUGGAUUCUAUAUGACACUGGCUACCGUGAAGAAGCACUAUCUAAGGCAGAAUUGUCCAUCUCUAUUCAGAGGUCAUUUGAAGCAUUUUUUCUUAAGGCAUAUGUGCUAGCAGAUACAAGCCUUGAUUCUGAAUCUCUAUCUCAUGUAAUCGAACUUCUGGAGGAGGCUCUGAAAUGUCCUUCAGAUGGUCUUCGGAAAGGACAAGCACUAAAUAAUUUAGGGAGUAUCUAUGUGGAUUGCGGUGACCUGGAUCUUGCUGCCCAAUGCUACAUGAAUGCCCUUGACAUCAAGCACACAAGAGCUCAUCAAGGGUUGGCACGUGUUUAUCAUCUUAAAAGUUCAAGGAAAGAUGCUUACAAUGAAAUGACAAAGCUCAUAGAGAAGGCACAAAACAAUGCUUCAGCUUACGAGAAGCGAUCUGAGUAUGGUGAUCGUGACAUGGCAAAUGCUGAUCUUGAAUGGCAACAGAGUGGAUCCUUUAAGGACGUAUCCAUACAGAUACAGAGCAGCAGUAACAGUCAAAACGGGAAUAAACUUACUUCCUUCCAAAAGUUUCUGGAUUACGUUCCCUCAAGUCUAAGUGAAACCAUGGUGGACAUACCUGGCAAAGCUAAUCCAAAUGUUAACAGAAAACAGGGACAAACAAUCGAUAUGGUCUUGGAAAACAAACGCUUUUAA